CAUCACUAGUCGGAUCAGUGCGGAUCAAAAACGUCAUAACAUUGCCGACCAAAACACACGUUCCCGUGCCGCUGUGUGCCUAGUGAUUUGCGUGUCCUGCUCGAUGCCAUGGGUGACACCGGGCCGGAGUCGGACCCGACGGCCAGCAAGCGGCCGAAACUCCAAUCAACCACCGACCAGCCCCAAUCAGCCGUGCGGUGUAAAUAUUUCGUCCAGCGCAAGAAGCGCUACUGCAAGAUGACGGUCGGCACCGGGAAGGAGUACUGCGGGGAGCACGAGCCGACCGCCGCCGAGCCGGUGGCCGCCUCCGGUGCCGACCGCAUACCCUGCCCGCUCGAUCCGAAGCACUCGGUGUCGGCGGCCAAGCUGGAGAAGCAUCUGAAAAUAUGCAACGCCCGUCCGCCGGCCGAGCAGAAGCCGUACCUGGUGCCGGGCAUUAACUGUACCUCCUCGGACGACGAGCAGUCGGAGGCAGCGGGCAGGGAGGAGAAGGUGACGAAGCUGGCCGACAUACCGCCGGCCGAGCUGCUCGAGCUGAUCGGCAAGGUGAGUGCGCUGUACGAGUCGGCCGGGCCGCUGAUCAAGGAGGAGUCGCCGCGCCACAGCAUCCUGGCCGACGAGCUUACGGUGGAGGGGUACGGGCCGCAAACGCUCAAGCAUCUGGUGCAGUCGUCCGCCCUGCUCGGGCUGGCCGAGCAGUGUGGCUUUCUGCGGCCCGACACCACGUUCGUGGAGUUCGGCGCGGGCAAGGGCCAGGUCGCGUACUGGUUGGCGCGGAUCGUGGAAACGGCCCCGCUCGCCCGGUCCGCCGUUCUGCUGGUCGACCGGGCGUCGCACCGGCACAAGAAGGACAACAAGAUCGAGACGCGCGAAAUUGUGCAGCGGGUGCGGGCCGACAUUGCCGAUCUGGAGCUGCACCGGGUCGAGCUGAUCGAGGCCGGGGCGGGUCGGUCCGGCGUCGUCGGCAUCGGGAAGCAUCUGUGCGGUGCGGCUACCGAUCUGGCGCUGCGCUGCCUGGUGCGCAGUGGCACGAGCGGUACGGCAGUGCGGGGCUGUCUGUUUGCGCUCUGCUGCCAUCAUCGGUGCGAUUGGCGCACGUUCGCCGGGAAGCGGUUCCUGCUGGAGAGCGGCAUUACGCGGGCAGAGUUCGAGAGCAUCGUGCGGAUGGUGAGCUGGGCCGUUUGUGGCACGGGACGUAGCCGGGAGCGGCAGCAGGAGGACGACAAGCCGGACCGGUGCGGGCUGACGCGGCCGGAGCGGGAAGCGAUCGGGCGGCGGUGCAAACGGCUACUCGACAUUGCCCGGCUGCGGUACAUGGAGCGGCACGGGUACGAGGCGUCACUCAAGUACUACGUCAUGAGCGACGUGACGCUGGAGAAUGUGUGUCUGGUGUGUGUGAAGAAAUAAAACAGUACUGCCGACCCUAAAAAAAAAACGGUUACGGUUACAUUUUAAUUGUUACUGUUGGUCAAGCUGACUAUCCGUGGGGAGGCUUCGCUCGUCAGGAGAGCGGCCGAUUAAAGAAUGUUACGGCUAGCGCCGAACAACAUGAAUCUCCAAGAUAAAGUCAUCUCUGGUCUUAUUUGCCAGACUCAGUGUCGCCGGGAACGCUUAACAGUUCAAUUAAAGAACUCAUUUUAACGAUAGUUGCCUACGCAGAUCGGUUGAGUUGCCGGAACAUGUUUGGCCACGAUACUUAAACAUGUCUAUUAGCUAAGAUCACUUGAGAGCCUUUCAUACCUUAGACUAUCAAAGGAGGAAUUGUGUGUGACCGUAACAGAUUUCUCGAUUACUCUUAGAAAUAAGAUAAUAAUUUUUUUAAGUCUGCUGUGGAACAUCAAAAGAGGACACGACACGGAUCGCAGUAGUCAUCAAAUUCGCCAAACCAACUCUCGGAGAUCCAACAACAAGCAAUUCCGAUCUAAUUUAAAGGGUAUCUCUCUUUUUCAUAUUGGCUAAUUUGGAGAUGUUGGAUCCCAGUUACCACAGGGAUAAUGGAAAACGAAUAGGCAAUGGUAACUCAUAGCAACCAUACAGAGUAUGUAAGCAGCUCGAUACCUCAUCACAUACUCACUGUUAAGUUGAACUCCAAAUUAAUAACUUUUAACUUGAAUCUGUGUGUAAUAGUCCAAAAUAGUCGGACGUACCAGGAAACAUAUCAUUUAUAGCAUACAUUUUUUUCCUCAAAAGAACCAACACGUCGUUAUCGAUCCAUUUCCCGCCAGGAAAUGGUUAUACCCGGCAAUAUUUCAAACCCGACUUCCAAAAGUUUCGAUUGUAAGAAUAGAAUAUGUCUGAUAGACAUAAAAGAUGACCUCGCGCGAUGAUCAAUCAAGAAAAAACACACGUGGACAGAACAUUAGAACACUUGCCUUACAGCUUAAACGAACGAACGUGAAUUACGAAUGGAUAGGGUAUAACAGAGGCAGCUUCAGUUAGUGUGAGUCGUGACCAAUUAAGCUUAGAGCAACAUUCAAAACAUAUCAGGUUAUAGGCUCUUGACGUCUCUAACGUCGUGUGUCGCGGAUUUAAACGAAUUCAUUAAACAUAAUUCAAAUCUUCGUGGUCGUGUUAUUUCCGAUCGAUGAUAUCGAAGAACUCUGGACCUCUGAACCUAACAUGAAAGAAGAACGAGUGCAACGUGUGCGGGGGCGAACAUUUCACAUUGGAGAUUUCGUCUGGAGUUAUUCCUGGAAGUGUUGGAGAAACUAAGUAUAAAUCGGUCUUGAUGUACCUGUAUUUUUUGCGAACUUGUUCUCCGUGAAACGGAAUGGUGUAAGAAUCAUGGGUGAAUUUAAGGUUUUGUGCACACUCCAAGUUGAAAAGAUCGUUUAUAAGAAUUUGAUAUGCUUGCACCAAUGCUUGAAAAGCGGCGAACGAAAUCCCAUGGUGCCAAAGCCUCUCAAAACUAUACACAGCCAAUUCUUGACCAGAUCAACUGAAAGGGGUUGACCAUGUGAAAAAUACAAAUAUUGCAAACAGACCGAACGGUUCGGUCGAGAUUGUGAUGGAGAUACGGAAGAAGCAAGUCAUGAAAAUUGCAAUGACUCAGGCGUUAUAUUAUUGACAAAACGGAAAAUAAUGAAGUGGUCGCAGUUCGAAAUCCAUCGAAAAGGUUAUGUGAAUUGAGGAAAUCCUUCUAUGGUGAAGAAACAGGCGAAGCAAUAUGGUUAACACAUUUGCUUACCGAAUUCAACUGAAUUGCUGCAGAGCCUCACGGACAGCAAAAAAGAUUGAACAUUUGGAUAUGCUUUCUGCGAUAUGGUCAAACAUCUUCAUGCCAGAAUGCAUUCAGAACGGAAGAACUCAAAAGAAGUACAUUCUAAGCGAAUACCAACUUGUGGAUAUGUUUAUGAACAUGAUGAAUAUUCUUCUUCACCAGUUUUUAAGAAACAACCAUUUGCGAUAGGUCUAAGAGGAGGUGCUAGAAAAACAAAGUACACCCUAUGCAUCUUAUAGGAUACGAAUGAUGUAUGAUUUAAAAAUGUUGAAUUUGCACAUUCCCAUGGUACAUUGGUUAACUCGCACGACUUAACAACAUGCACGUCGUGGGUUCAAGCCUCACAGGGACCGUCUCCCCAUAGCAAAACAAACUAUCCGGUUGCGUGGUACUAGCUAAGAAGUCUUGAGAGGUAGGUUGUUACGCCACGAGAAAGAAUAACAAGAAACUCAAGCUCUGCAGCUGAAUCUUUGGAGACUUAUGAAUCUUUUGAGAUUCAUGAAUACCUAGAGGUUCGUGAAUCUUUCGAGAUCCAUGAAUCUUUUGAGAUUCAUGAUUUUUUUAAAUUCAUUUAUAUUUGAGAUUCAUAAAUCUUUACGAUUCUUGAAUCUUGUGAGAUUCAUGAAUGUUUGAUAUUCAUGAGUCUCACAUAAUCCCAUUGCAAUCGAAAUUCAGAUUCAUUGAAUCAUUUCAAAUGUUCAUUCAGAUUCAUUAAUCAUGACCCAACACUAUUAUUAAGCC